AUGGCGAGUCCGCCGUCGCCGCGCCUCCUCUGCGCCCUCCUCGGCGACCGCAUCGGCGCGCUCUCCGCCAGGCCGCUCCUCCGCGCCGCCGCCCCAGGCAGAGGGCACAGGCGGGUGACGUGCCAGGCCACGAGAACGCUCUCCAGCCUGGUGGACGCCCUCUUCAACAGGAGAAGUCGGGAUGACUCACUGGAAAAUAACCCUAGACGCCUACGACCUGGGAAAGUGUCUCCUCGUCUAACCAUUCCCAGUCAUAUACAGCGGCCUCCUUAUGUCAAUUCCCGUCAAAGACCUCAGAUGAACGAUGGACCUGAAAUACAUGAUGAAAAAGGGAUCGAAUGCAUGAGAGCUUCUGGAAAGCUUGCCGCGCAAGUUUUGAAGUUUGCUGGAACACUUGUAAAUCCAGGCAUCACAACUGAUGAGAUAGAUAAAGCAGUGCACCAAAUGAUAAUAGAUAACGGUGCAUACCCGUCACCUCUUGGUUAUUGUGGAUUCCCGAAGAGUGUUUGUACUUCAGUGAAUGAAUGCAUCUGUCACGGGAUACCAGAUUCUCGUCCACUUGAGGAUGGCGAUAUCAUCAACAUCGAUGUUACUGUCUAUCUCAAUGGUUACCAUGGUGAUACAUCUGCUACAUUUCUCUGUGGUGAUGUUGAUGAUGAAGCUAAGAAGUUAGUUCAGGUAACGAAAGAAUCUCUUGACAAGGCUAUAUCAAUCUGUGCUCCUGGGGUGGAGAUCAACCGCAUUGGUAGAACCAUACAGGAUCAUGCAGAUAAAUUCAAAUAUGGUGUAGUUCAACAAUUUGUGGGCCAUGGGGUAGGGAAAGUGUUCCAUGCUGAGCCUGCAGUGCUUCAUUUCCGCAAUAAUGAAAAGGGCCGCAUGAUUUUGAACCAAACAUUUACCAUAGAGCCGAUGCUAACCAUAGGGAGCACAAACUCGACCAUAUGGUCCGACGACUGGACCGCGGUGACGGAGGACGGGAGCCUGACAGCGCAGUUUGAGCACACACUACUGAUAACCGAAGAUGGCGUGGAAAUACUGACACAGUGUUAA